GUCAUUGGGCGUUAUUCAACUGGCUGGAAGUGAAAAUGGCUACAGCGUAACUCUCCGCUUCAUUGGCCUAAAUUAAAUCCGUAUCAUCUACAGAGCGACAAGAGAACCAAGCGUUGCGAGCACCUUUUAAAAGCUCAAGAGGCUUUUGACUGGUGUAUCAUUGCCAGAUUUUUAAUUUUGUUCGUUUGUUGUUGGAAUUCGAGGACGCUGAAAGAUGGCUAGUAAAGACGACGAAUACGACUAUCUAUUCAAGAUUGUUCUCAUUGGAGACUCUGGUGUAGGGAAGUCAAACUUGUUGUCUCGAUUUACAAGGAAUGAAUUCAAUCUUGAAUCAAAAUCGACAAUUGGUGUAGAGUUUGCAACAAGAAGCAUUCAGAUUGGAGGCAAGACAAUCAAAGCACAGAUUUGGGACACUGCUGGGCAAGAGAGAUACAGAGCAAUCACUAGUGCAUACUACAGAGGAGCCGUUGGUGCCUUACUUGUUUACGAUAUUGCCAAGCACAUAACAUAUGAAAAUAUUGAGAGAUGGCUAAAAGAACUGAGAGACCAUGCUGAUUCAAACAUAGUUAUCAUGACGGUUGGGAACAAAAGCGAUUUGAGGCACUUGCGAGCUGUGCCAACGGAAGAGGCAAAAGCAUUUGCAGAAAAGCAUGGCUUGUCAUUUAUUGAAACUUCAGCUUUGGAUUCUACUAAUGUUGAAAUGGCUUUUAGGAAUAUUCUUGAAGAAAUUUACCACAUUGUAUCACAGAAACAAAUACGAGAUGCCAGUGACCAGGACAAUGCGCAAGUAAGUAACAAUGUGCGACCCAUCCACGUGCAACCGACUGCAGAAACUGAACAGAAGAAAAAGCUGCAGUGCUGUCAAUAACAUUUGUUAAAAUUGCCCCCUUUAAUAGAAAUACCACCUUAAUAAAAGAAGCGGAGAACCACUGUUUUGGACAAGUUAUAUUAUCAUUAUUAUUAUUACUGUAAUUAUCACUAUUGGAAAACUUUGGCAUACGGGGCAUUGUGUUGCCCUUAAUCGAUCUACCAAUCAGAUGAUUGAAUCCGUUCCUAAUUAUUUGUAAGUUUGUAGCUAGUUUUGUGUAUGGUUUCAUUUCGCUUGAUUUAUGAUUAGCACCAAACUAGGUCUUCAAAUUAAUGUAGCUAGCUGAUAGCUUUCUGACUGAUUGGCAUGUAUGGGAAUCCAGUUUGUUGGCAGCCAGAAACUGCUGCAUUGCAAUAACAUAUGUCACCUCGUGGUAGCAAGGAUUUCUGUCUUUGCCACCGUGUUGUCAAUCAAGAUAACAAAUUUACCCUGAAAAUCAACAUAGAAAAAUGGGUAUUUAUAAGAUGAAAGUAGUUUAGUUGGGUUUCUUCGUGUGAAUAACAUGGGUUACCUUCUAUUCGACAUAGUUUCCAAGCUUGAUUGAAAAAUUAAAACCAGUUUCCAUCAGAUUAACACCAAUGUUUUAAAUUUCCCCAUAUUGAACAAAGAUAGCACAUAUUGUUUUUGUUUCAUAAAGUUACAGCAGUUUUCUGUUAACCAAUGCAAUUUUCCAUAAACCUAUCAAAGGUUUCUUUAAACUUUUUAUUUCUUCUCCAGAGGCUUCCUGUGGGUUUCCAUCAAUGUAUCAUAGAUAUCUCUUAAUUUGUCCUUUCCUUGUCUAGAAGCUUCUUAUUUUCCAGGAACGUAAAAAAGAUUUAUGUAAACUUGUACUUUGUUUCUUAAGAGGCUACCAGUAGGUUUCCAUUAACUUAAUUAACAUAGGUUUCUCAAAUUUUUCUUGUUUCUCAAAUCGCGUGCUGUACGUUACAGUGGUUUCCCAAAAUUAAGUUUCUCGAAACUAACUUGUUUCUCAAAUAGCUUUAUUCAGGUUUCCUUAAACGCGACAUAGGUUUCUAAAAAACUUACCUGUUUUUCAAAUUUCACCCUGUAGGUUUCCAUGAGCUUAACAUAGGUUUCUCAAAACUAACUUGCUUCUUUUGAAUAGCUUCAUGUAGGUUUCCACAAACGCAACAUAGGUUUCUCAAAACUGACUUGCUUCUCAAAGAGCUUCCUGUAGGUUUCAAUUGACAUAACUUAGGUUUCAAUCGACGUAACAUAGGUUUCAAUCGACGUAACUUAGGUUUCAAUCUAGUUUAACAGGUUUCCUUACAGCUGAAUGGUUACGUAGCUUGAUCAUGACUGCUUAGACAGUCAAGGUACUGCAUUGUUUAAUACAACUCUGACCCUUAAGCAUUUGUUGAGUAUGAAAUAAGAUUUAAUGAAACCUUGUUUAUGUAAAA